GCUGAGAAGAGUGACCAUGAAAAAGGUGGAGGAGCAAAGGACGACAAAUCAUCAGAUGAAGAAGAGUUUUUGGGAUUUUCUCCAUCAACAGAUAAAGGCUCUCCCCAUCUACUCUCCUCUGGUGGUAUUAACCCGUCCGCUGCGAUUGGCAUGGAUUUGGCUUUCACUGGUAGCCUGGUUGGCAAUAAAUCGGAGACAGUCGUGAGCAAAGCGGACAUCCUGCAGGCCAGUGCCAUGGCUCGCCAGCUUCACGUCUACAAACCCGGCAUUGAUUUUGUUCCCGGAGCGAGACUUGAGGUGCUUGAGUCCAGAGAUAACAAUUGGUACCUGUGCAAGAUUGUGGAGGUGGACUGGGGUGAAUUAGAUAUCCUGGUUCACUAUGAGCGCUGGUCCAACAGGUUUGACGAGUGGCUGAAAAUGGAUUCCACGAGAAUCAGAAGCCUCUCUCGUAGUUCUCAAAGGAGGGAGAGGAGGAGCGGUGCGUUCUGUGUGGGUGAGCGAGUACUCGCACGUUGGUCUGCUGACGGCAAGCGCUACCUGGCCAGAGUUACCAAGGAACUGGCUGAUGAUCAGUAUGAAGUUCUGUUCUUUGAUGGUGUCGCAAAAGUCCUUCGUUCAGCUGCGUUAGCUAAAGUGGACACAAAGCAGAGUGAAGGAGAGGAGCAGAGAGGCAGCAGUUCCAGACAGCCGGGAACAGAUGACGAGGACAGUUUACUGAUGUCCCCGGGAGCCACCAGUGCCAGCUCGACAGACUCCCGCUCCUCCAGCCCCGAGCCAGAACAGUCCCCCUUAUUGCCUGGCCGAGCUGAAGAACUCAUGGAGGUUGAGACUAUAUCACCCGUGAGGAAGAACAUUUUUGACGUUGAAAUCAUAGAAAGAAAAAGGAACUCUAAGAGGAAGGCUGCUGUCGAAGAACUUUUCCAGUCGCUGAAGAAAAGACGCAAGAGUGAGACAGGGACGAGGGUCUCAGUGCCAUCACCACGACAGCAGCAGCAAGUCAGGUUAGGCCUGAGCAGGAAGUCUUCACUUUCUAAGAAGAAAGUUCGUGAGUCAUCCAGCACACCUCAGGAGGAGCUAGCAGCACGCCAGGCAGAGGCAACAUCUUCCGAGGCCUCUAAUAGCCCAGUUCCAAGUCAAUCUCCCAGAACUGUGUCUGUCAACAUGCCUGACGGGUGGAGGAAGUGCUGCAGUCAGCGCACGCACGGAUCCACGGCUGGAAAAUGGGACACCUUUUAUUUGGCGCCUGAUGGUAAGAAGAUUCGGAGCAAAAAUGAACUGUAUCGUUAUUGUGAAGAAUUCGGCAUCUUGUGCGACACUGAAAAAUUCGACUUCUCCCUCAAGAACAUGAAAGCAGAAGUCAUUGAAGCAAGUGCAGAAUCAAAAGGACCCCUGAAGUCCUUCGAGGAGCAGAAGGAGACUUUGAAGGAAUCAUUCACGUCACAGGUCAGAAAGGAGCUAGAGGUCAAAUCUCCACUUCAGGAAUCAUGUGGAAUCAGCAAAAUGGGAACAGGGAAGAAAAUUGAUGUUAAGAAGCCAGGCAUCAGACGCGUUGAAAUGGUAAAGCACAGUGAAUCGCCGAGAAUGAAACUUGAGAUUCCUUUGAUCCCCAAGACAGAACACGUAGGUACGUUCCCACCCUCCCUGUUGGGUGCCUCAGCAGGCCCUUGGUCCCCCACCAUGCCCUCACCACUACCUCGAUCAUUGCCUGCCACAACAUCUGCUUAUUCAGAGGAAUUGAUGAGCAAGGAUCCUGUUGGCACAAGUGGAUAUGUACCUUCUGAGGCGGCAACAAGUGAGGCCCCCCCGUCCUUCUCUGCCACGCCCACCCUUGCUCGCCAUGUGCUCAAGAAAGAGUCAGUCCAGGAACUGCUGACUAAGGAUCCUGUGGGCAUGAGUGGCUAUGCACCAUCUGAACCAGCACCUGAGGCCCUGUCACGCCCCGUUGCCACACCCAUUCGCCAGCGACAUGUGCUCAAGAAGGAACCAGUUCGUGACAAAGGCCAAGGACAUGUUGCCCCUAAUGAGUUUAUUGUGGUCGCCCAACACAAUGAACAUAAGUGUCCCAAGGAAGCCUGUGGAAAAAGUUUUAGGAAGGAAAAUCUUCUUCAGAUGCACAUCAAACAUUACCAUCCAGAGUUUCUCAAGAAAAGCAGCAACUGGGCACCAAAUGUGGCUGACCUUGCCUAUGCACGCACUGUUGGGGACCACCUGGACACUAGCUCCUCCCCUGGCCACUCCUCCCCGGCUGAGAAAGCGGUCAAGUCUGAAGUGAGCUCCAAGAAACAGUCAAGAGGAAUUGGUCUUUUCAGCUUUCUGGAUGCACGUGCCAAGGCAGGGGACAAGAAGGCUCUAGGUACAAUAAAAUCAGUAACAGGCGCAAAAGACUCCAAGAGAAAGGACAAGGCCAGGCACGAGGCAGACCAGGUGCCACCUAUCUCUGAGGAUGAAACGGAGCCCAAAGAGGAAGUUGAGGACUAUAUUGAUGACCUCGGGGAAUCUCCUAUGUCGCUUCAUGGCCUGCAGCCAGAGGACCCGGACUACGUACCUUGUGACACUGAUAUCGAACAGAUGAGGACUGACAGGCUGGAGAGGAGGAAAACUCGAGGAGACAUCAAGGGAAAGAAAAAGAAGUUAGUUCCCUCAGAAAGCCUUAGUGAGGAUGAUCUGCAAGACACUAAGACAGUCACCAAAUACAGAUACAGCAAACGCAAAGGAUUACCCUCCUCUAAAGCUAGUGUUUCUCCAGCUAAUGGAGAACCUCAGGCGCCUGAGCCUCCUGCAUUGACUUCACCAGCUAAGAAACCCCAAGGUGCUGAAGGUGAGGCCCCAAGUAUUGACGCUGAGGAGGACACGGGAGAUGCUUGGGUGGAGGGGACAGAGAGCGUGCCGACAUCUGAGCCUUCGGCAGAGAUUAUCAAUUGUGGCUGUGGCUCCACUGAGGAAGAAGGACUCAUGCUGCAGUGUGAUGUGUGUUUGUGUUGGCAACACGGAGACUGUUACAAUAUUGUGGGAGAGGACCAGGUGCCUGACAAGUACAUCUGUUCCCUCUGUGACCAUCCAAGGCUAGAGAGGUCAUCACACAAGUUCAGACACCACCAAGACUGGCUUAAGGAAGGCCGCCUACCAAGGUUUUCAUUUUCUUCAUCACGUGGAGACCUCCGGCUGGAGACCUGCAUAAGGCGGGGACAUGAACUGACAGCCAAUGUUCUACAGCUGUCACAGAUUCUUCAGUCUCUUAGGCUGAAGCUUCACAUCGCCAAAGAGCCGGAUCAUCCAAAGUUUGUCAUGUGGCACAAAAAAUGGGAUGAACAGGAAGAAGCAUCAAGUCAAAACAAAGGAGAAAUUUCCCCAAACUCACAGUCAGUAGCUCCUCUGCAGGACCUGAUGAAUAUAGUGGAACAAGAUGACCCUUGUCUUAGUCCUCAAAUUGUUGACACAAAGGUGUCUGGCUCAACACAUGACUUAGGCAGCACCUCUGCACUUGAGAGAGCUGUUACUGGAGAGCCAGAAAAGUUUGACACUAGCCAUGCCAUCUUUCCUAGAGGUUGGGACAUUCCUGGCCCAGCAGCAACAGAGACUCAGGGGACUGAUCUUCAAGCUGGUGGUAAAACAGAGGAUGUGGUGAUCCCAAAGGAGCAGUCUAACAAGGCAGCAAUGGAUGUCACAAAACAUUCAGAAGGUAAUACUGCCUUGCCAGAGGCAUCUGAUACCAAAUGUGAAGCAUCUGAGGAUCAGUCCAAAGGAGAAAGUGAACUAAAAGACAGUUGUUCUGAUGGGAUAAUCAACACUGCACCUCAAGAUCAUGAACCAGAAAUUUCUUUGAUAUCUGAGAAAGACUCACAAAUUCUUGAAGCAAAACCUUCAGCAGAUUCAAAAGAAAACAUUUUACAAGUUAAGGAGGAAAGCAAAGACUCCAUUGAGAUUGCAGCAACCAGAGAAAGCCUUGAGAAUUCCACUCAGAUCGCACUUAAAGAAGAAAAAACAAAUGAUAGCGAUGACGCUUUGAAUACGGAUACUGAGAACACUAAUUCAAUAAAGAGAGAUGAAGCUGCACCAGGGAGUGCUUAUGAAAAUGAAGAAAAUUUACAAUCUUCAGAUGGAGGUCAAUCCAAGGAAGCAUCUUUUCAUCAUUCUCCAAAGUCUAUAUUGACACCUAGAGAAUCAGAUAGUGAUCAGGAUCACCAUAAAGAAUUCCCAUGUGAAAAAACUGACAUAGAUCCUGAGGAAGUGAAAGAAAGCAAAACUGAAUUGCCAACAGAGAGUGAAGCUGAACCUGUUAAAGAAGAAAUGGCAGGUGUAUUUGAAGAAAAGACAAAAAAAGAAUCAACUCAGGAGGAUGUAAAAAGUGAGAGUCAGGGAAAACAACUCGAGGAAUCUUGUAAGGAGGAUGAAACUACUCCGAUGAAAGAUGACUGCAAAAUUGAACCUAUGGAUGUGGAUAUGGGAGUUACUACAGAGGACAGCACUGCAGUAACAUAUGACACCAAUAUUUCACAAGAACCCCCAAAGGUAGAGGAAGAGUCGGAUAUUGUUAAAAUGGAAAAUGAAGAAUUAGAUGACAAAGACUCAGUGAAACAUUCUCAGACUAAGGACAAGGAACAGGAACAGGAGAAGCUGGCAGACUCUUCAAACUUAGCCUCUUCAAGCAUAACAGCCUCAAGCGCAGAAGACACGCUCAAUGAGGAGGAGAACCAGCUGGAAGAUGGAGACGAGCUGGCCCUUGAUCUGGGUGGACUUGGCGCCACAGGUGAAGGGGGGAUGCCUGGAGGGAAUGAGUUGGCUGCCUUACUCUCUUCUCAGACAGAACUGGAGCAGCUGGUGUCCCAAGCCAGUUCAGCCCUGGCUCCUGUCACUGGAAAUGUUCACUCAGUUCAAGCACCCAUCAUUCCUGAGGCUGAGAGGAUAGAACCAGUGAAUUGCAAACUGAAUCUACUGGAGCAUGUGCAGGUGAUGCAGACCAGCAUCACGCAACGCUUUGACCAGAUUGAGCAACAGCUUGAAGUGCUGGAGGCUGAGAUGGGCCUGACAGCAGAUGCCGGGGAGGAUGAGGCUGAGGAGGACCCUGAGGAGCGUGACCCCGCCACCCUCCAAGCCAGGGCACUCAUCAAGCUUGUCAUGAACGACCUCAAUGUUGUUAAGAAAAUUGCAGACUUUACUCACUAACAGAUUAUUUUCCAAAAGCUGAUCAUUCAGAAAAUAACAGGCAUGAAACUUUUCUAAACUACAAACACUACCAACUACAAAACUACAAACUAUUUUGUGUGCUAGGGAACUCCUGGCAGUGUCAAGAUCAUCUGUACUUGAUUUCUUUCAAGGUGAAAAUGCACUUGCCCAUACAGGUGCCUCUUUCCUCAGUAAGUUUGUUGCAAGAUGAUUGGUUGAAUAUGUGAUGUCUGAAUAACAAAAUAGCAUUUAAAUUAUUUACCAGGUAAUGUGAAUCAGUGCUUAUUUACUAACUCAAGUUCUUUCCUUUGAUAUAUGUUGUGUUAAUUAAGAAUGUAACGAGCUCAGAGAUUAUGAAGUAAUGUGCAGGUAAGUCUUGGCUUGCUAAUAUCAACUGCCCAUGUCAGUAACAUAAGCAUGUUUUUGGAUCCAUGCUGCUUCAUAUAUAUUUUUCACUCACUUUAAAACAGAUUGAGACUAAUAACACUAAACUCAAGGAAACAUGUAAUUAUCAACUUUUUUGAAAUUCAGAAUCUACUAAAAUUAUUCAUAUAAGAAUGUGAGUGAUGGGGAAAUUAUGUGGAUGGAUUGCAUGCUCUGUCGCAAAAAGGCUAUUCUGUAAACCUAUUCAGUAGAUCACAGUAUAUCAGAUAAAACUAUACAUUAGUAAUAUUUUUUCCCAUCUGUAUUUAUGACACUAAUGAAUAUGAUGAUAGUCAUGGAUACUGUUUUCCAACCUGCAUUAGAAUACAUGAAAAGUUACACACGUGUGUCCAAAACUAGGGCUGUGUGGCUGACACAGCCGGGUGACUAAUGUUAACAAAUCAAGACUUAUCUGCACAUUACUUCAUAGUCUCAUAACUUGUUACCAUUCUUAAUUGACGUGAUAUAUGUCAGAGGGAGAAACUUGAGUUAGUAAACAAGUUUUGAUUCACAUUACCUGGCAAUCAUUUCAAGUACAAGAUGUUAUUCGGACAUUUUAUAUGCAACCAUUUGGCUAGCAGCAGACUUUAAAAAAAAGAAGGGCACCUCUAUGUCUAUGCACAAUUUUCCUCGAUAAAAAAUCUAGUACAGUAAGUAAAUACUUAGCAUAAAGACUUGGAGUAAUAAUAUAUACUUGGUGUGACCACUGAAACAGUGAUUGGGUGAAACUGGAUGAAACCAUGAAAACUGCAGUGCUUUGGCUAUCAAGGCUAUGACAUAAUGUGUUGUGAAUCAGGACAUUGUAAUCACUACUUUGUGAGCUUGAUCCCUGAGUGAAAGAGAAAAGGAAACAAAUGAAUAAGGUGUUGGUAGUGAUUGAUUGUUUCACAAACUGGUUCUGAAAGUGUUAAAGUGAUAACUUUUUUACUUAUAAAGAAACCUUGUUACUGCAACACCAAUACCUGAAGUGCUUGUGUGAAGAAAGAGCUUAUUAUGAAAGCACUGCUGACUUAGUUCUCUGACUCCUAUAAGUGUUGUUUAGGAAAGGAAACUUGAUCAGUGUUGUGGAAGUUAUGGUGAAAUAAAGAUGACUUAUUUCCAUGACUGUUCCUGAGAGUUAUCUUGGGAAGAAACAAGAACAUUGUGUGACAUUUUUGCAGUUUUACUUUUUUUCUUGAGGUGUUGCCUUGGGAAUAAAAGAAACUUUUGAACAAUGUGGUAGAAACAUCAAAAUGAUUUUUUAAGAUGUCUUGGAAAAAAAAACUAUCAGUGCUGCAGAAAUAAUGAAGAAAUACUUCUGUAACUAUUCCUGCAUGAUAUUUAAGAAAAAAACUAACCACUGCAUUACAGAAACACAGCAAAUGACUUACUGCAACACUCCUUCUCAAGGUGUUUUCUGGUGGAAGUGCUGAUCAGUGAUCAAUGCAGAAACACUGAUGACAUCAGUGACUCUUGAGGUGUUGUCUGAAAAAAAAAAAAAAAAAAAAAAAAGUGUGCAGGAACUGAUGACUUACUUUCAUGACUAUGAGUUGGCCUGAUAGCAGUCUUUAUAAAUGUACUGGAGAAACAAUGAUGACUUACUUCACAAUGGCAUAGCUAAAGAGAGAUAAAGGACUUUUUGAAAGUCCCCCCCUGGGUCUCCAGUUGAUCUCAGGAUGUCUCUCUUCAUUAAAAAAAAAAGUAAGGUCUGGGAGGGCCCCUCAGAAUGCACUGAUGCUGGAGGGGCAAAAGGAGCCAAGCUGCUAAGGCUCCAAGACCCUAGCAAGCAUUGCCCUUGUUACUCCAUCAACUGCUCCUGAGGCUUUAUCAUUGUGAGAGACCAUCAUCAGUCUGUCCCUGAAAAUUUCAUGACAUUGUUCAAUGACUUUCUGUAGCAGUAUCAUUGUUUAGUAACAACAGUUAAAACCCAAAUCCUGAACCAGAAGGAACCAGAGGUCUUCUGUCAUAAAAUUUGUAGCCUUUGUUGGUUAUAGUCAUGGAGACAUUAAAAAGUAGAUCUAAGUGUAGAGGCAAACAUACUUCUUGGUAUAAGAUAUGUAAGUGUUAGUAUUUUUUAAGUGUCCUGAGUUUUCAAAAACAUUUCAGUCUGACAUGAAAUUCUAGCAAGCAUGUUACUUGAGCUCCAUUAAGACACUGUACUGUAUUGUGCUUGUGUUGGAAAGUUUAUAAGUUUGACGUAAGGAGAUAAAAGAUGUCAUGAAUGUGGUAAUCUAAGGACAUGCAUGGUUCACUGAAACUGUGUGCACUUUUGAUCUCAUUCUUCUCUUUAUUAUUAUUAUUAUUAUUAUUAUUAUUAUUAUUAUUAUUAUUAUUAUUAUUAUUAUUAUUAUUAUUAUUGAGUGAUAGCAUUAGUGUGUGUACCUGAGAAUAGUGAUGUUGAUUAUUUGCACCAUUAUUCAUUAGUCACUGUUGGGAGUCAAAAUGAUUUCUGCUAAUCAUUAUUAUUAUUAUUAUUAUUAUUAUUAUUAUUAUUAUUAUUAUUAUUAUAACUAGUAGUAGUAGUAGUAGUAGUAGUAGUAGUAGUAGUAACAGCAGUAGUAGUAGUAGUAGUAGUAGUAGUAGUAGUAGUAGUAGUAUCAUUACUGUCAAAUGAUCUUGAUCUGUAUGUAUGUGACAGUCAUAUAUAGUUACACAUUGUUUAAUGCUAAUUAGUAACAAUAACUGGCUCCCCUUUUAUUUACAACUCCCAUGAUGUGGGAGACAUGUCAAAAUCUAGUAUAUCAAUGAUUCUUGCUACUUGAACUUUAGGCAUUAUCACCACAUAAAGAAGCCCUGUCAUCACCUUCUGAAGAAGUUCAAUAAUAUCUACAGCCAUGGAACGCUGGCCACAUCCAUCUAUGAGAGGGAGGGACCUGCAUACAAAGUAAAAGGAACUAUACUACACAAUCUUCCUCUCCUACACUUUUUAACCUGUCCGCUGUGAUUGGCACGGAAUUGGCUUUCACUGGUAGCCUGAUAACAUAUAGUCCCAGGUCUUUCUCUGCCUCUGUGGUGGAUAGUGGAGUAGUGUUUCCCAUGUGGUAUUGGUAUGCUGGAUUUCCCCUCCCAAGGUGCAUGACUUCAUAUUUUUCUUCACUGAAUUGUAGCAGCCACUUGUUGCUCCACUCCUAUAGCUUGUCUUCUUGUAGGAAAUUUGCAUCCAGGUGGUUAACCUCAUUCAGCAUGUCAUCUGUUGUAAGGACAUCAUCACAGCCUGACUGCUCUUUGAUUUUAAUCUUUGGUGUUUAAAAUCGACUGACGAGGGAAGGAAUUAUAAAUAACUGAAUAUCCCCCAAAUUAAGCAACUACUACCAGCUAUGAUGAAAAAGGAGUGGUGCUUCUCAGAUCAUUCUAAUUCAAACGGUAAUCUCCAUAAUAAUAAUAAUAAUAAUAAUAAUAAUAAUAAUAAUGGUAAUUGUAAUUGUUGUAAUAUAUAUAUAUAUAUAUAUAUAUAUAUAUAUAUAUAUAUAUAUAUAUAUAUAUAUAUAUAUAUAUAUAUAUAUAUAUAUAUAUAUAUAUAUAUAUAUAUAUAUUUUUUUUUUAUAUUUUACAUGGUUGUCCUCCAUGAUUAGGGGUUGCACAAAUGGAGGUUUAGGGUGGUCAGUGAUGGCCACAUGCUUGCAGUGACCAUGGUGGGUUUUGGUCUUUACUUUCCAGCCAGAUCCAGCAACUCCCAACAUUAAAUAGAGGAAUGUUACUACCUGGUCCAUGAUAGAUUUUAACGUAAUGAGUUGGUGAUCCCUAAUUGCUUAAGUCUUAUGCUCUCGCCUCCUGAUGAACCCCACCUAAUAAGUUUCCAGACAUGUCCCCAGUUAAACAUCAUGAUAGAGGUUACAAUACCUCAUUUCUCGGCCAUACAUUGUAAAGCAGAAUGAACAUCCAGAGUGUAUUUUGAAGUAGAGGAUAUGAGAGUAGUGGACUGUAGAUGUAUGGUUUCUGUAUAUGUAAAUCUUUUGUAUGAUGAAUCACUUCUUCCAUUUAUGGUGAAAACUUUAAGGAAACAACAGUAAAAAAAACCCCAAAUAAUUACUCUAAAAUAAUAAUUACCAUGUGACAGAAUUUCUGUAUUCAUUUUUUGCUGUAUUUUUUUAAUAGUAUGUAAAUCCUAUGAAUGUUGUUUCAGAAAUUACUCUGCAGUUGUUUUCAUGUAGGAUAUAACAUUUCAGUAUGUGGCAGAUUUUUUAUUAUUCAAGUGCAGUUUUGUGGCUGCAUGGUUGUUUUUUUCAUGAGUGAAUCAUAGCACUGGUAACCUGUGUGGCGGAUUUAUUUGUUUAAUUUACUCUUAAUAAUAUUAAUAAACAAGCACUGCUCUGCAUAGUCAACUCAAAAGGAUAGAGUUAAGUCAGUAAUACUAUAUAGUAAUGCUAAUAUGUACACUAGGAAACAAAGGGUCAACAUGCAGCACUCUUCUCAGUACACUACCAUACAUACAUGUGUAGAAGUCAAGUGCAUGUAACAGUUGACCCAUCU